AUGUGUCAGCGGUGCGGGGGUCCGGGGGGUGCGGGGGGUCCAUGUGUGUACGAGGCGGUGCCAGACGGGGGCUGGGGCUGGGCGGUGGCCGUGGCCUUCUUCUUCGUUGAGGUGUUUACCUACGGGACCAUCAAGUCUCUGGGGGUGUUCCUCGAGGACCUCAUGACAGAGUUUGGGGAGAGCAACAGCAGAGUAUCCUGGGUCAUCGCAAUCUGUGUCUUCAUCCUCACAUUCACAGCCCCUCUGUCCUCGGUGCUCAGUAACCGGUUUGGGUACCGUCCCGUAGUGAUGUUGGGGGGUUUUCUGGUCAGUCUGGGUACCAUCAGCUCUGCUUUCGUCUCCUCCAUCAACGAGAUGUACGUCACUAUCGGCAUCGUCUCAGGUCUGGGGUACUGCCUGACCUUCCUGCCCACCAUCACCAUCCUGUCCCAGUACUUCAGCAGGAGGAGGUCCCUGGUCACCGCUCUGGCCUCCUCAGGGGAGUCCUUUGCCAUGUUUGUCUUCGCACCAGCCUUCAUGGCCUUGAAGGAGAUCAUCGGCUGGCGCCACUGCCUCAUUGUCAUCGGUCUCAUGCAGGCCUCCGUGAUUGGCUGCGGCGCUCUGCUUCGACCAAUCAUCAUCCGACCUGACCAGGAAGUGUCAGGGGAGGUGUCCAAUAAGGAGAAGCUGUCCGUUAAGCUGCAGACGGUCUACGAGCUGGAGAAUGAGGACACCGAGACCAACGUUAGCUCGGGGGAGUCUGAGGACUCGGGGGAUUCUGGGGUCACCUCUCUGUCCGCCUCCAGUGCUGACCUCCGGGCCUCCACAGCCGCACAGGACCCCUCAGAGACCCGGGCCCUCAUGGAGGACCAGGGGGAGAAGAACCAGGGGGAGAAGAACCAGGGGGGACAGGCAGGCCUUGGAACCCCACUGAAUCAGCUGGAGGCUGGGGAGAAAGAGCAGGGUGAGGUGGGUCCCCUUGUCCAACCCUCCAGACCUAAACUUCUAGACUUUUCUGUGUUGAAAGAUGGAGCGUUCAUCUGCUACUCUCUGUUCGGUCUCUUCGCCACGCUGGGGUUCUUCGCCCCGUCGCUCUACAUCAUAGAGCUCAGUAAGAGCCGCGGCGUCCACCCAGAGAAGGCGGCCUACAUGCUCUCUGUAAUGGCGGUGUCCGAGGUCUGCGGGCGCCUGUCCAUCGGGGUCAUUUUAAACAAGGUGCGGAUGCGUAAGACCCAGGUGCUUCUGGGAUGUGUAGUUCUGCUGUGUCUGGUGCUGCUUGCCUUCACCCAGGUGACUGAGUUCUGGGGCCUGGCAGCCUGCUGCUGCCUCUAUGGCUUCCUGAUGGGCACCGUGGGCUCUACACACAUCCCCAUGCUGGCGGAGGACGACGUGGUGGGCAUAGACAGGAUGCCCUCGUCCGUGGGGGUCUAUGUGUGUAUCCAGAGCUUUGCUGGGUUGGCAGGACCACCACUGGGGGGCCUGUUGGUGGACAAGACCCAGAACUAUGGCUCAGCCUUCUACUCCUGUGCUGUGGGAAUGGGCCUGGGCGCCAUCUUCCUCGCCAUGGUGGGGCCUGCCAAGUCUGGCCUCUGCCACCGCGGGAAGACGAGAAAACAGGAGGAGGAAGGAGGAGAGGAGAGAGGAGGAGAGGAGGAGGAGAAGGUUUCUCAGGACAGUGGAUCAACAGAUUAUCUAGAUGUUGAUCUGGUUGAGGAGACCAGUCCGGCUAAAUGGACAAACACUCAACCAUCUAGCAAAUAAGAGAACACACACGCUGUCAACAUGCUACUGAGAGACUGAGUGCUGGACAAACACCUCUGUGGUACAGAAUGUAUACACACACACACACACACUGUCAACAUGCUACUGAGAGACUGAGUGCUGGACAAUCACCUCUGUGGUACAGAAUGUAUACACACACACACACACACACACACACACACACACACACACACACACACACACACACACACACAAACACAGCUUUGACCUGUUCACCCUCUCAGAUGUCAUUCACAUACACUUGCAUUGCAGUGAACAACUGUCUUAGGUGCAUUCCUAUUGACCAAGUUUCUCUCCUCAGAGUCAACCAAACUCCAUGCAUGGCUGAGACACAGGCUUUUAACAUGAUUACCACUCUGUCAGUAGUUGAUAUAACCAUGAUAUGACCUCUGUUCAUAGUUAUAACCAUGAUAUGACAUCUCUCCAUAGUUAUAACCAUGAUAUGACCUCUCGGGUUAAUAGUUAUAACCA